AUGCCGCCGUUGCCGACAGACUCGCCACCCAGCCAACCACCUCCACCUUCUGUGCCUCCGCCACCAAUGUCGCCGCCGCCUGUCCAACCUCCGCCACCCACUUCGCCGCCGCCGAACUCUGAGAAGCAUCGACGGCCCCCACGGCCAUCUCCUACCUCAUCGCAGCGCUCGGAGUCAUCAGGUUCUUCGCUACAACAGCCAGUCAAGCAAGAAAAAUCUCAUUCCGGAAGUGAUUUGUCUGAUCAGUCUGCACGCUCCAAGUACCCGAUUUGGCCGCCUGUCUAUACAAGAUACAACUCAGAGCAAUACCAGGGUCGCAAUCGCAGUUCGACUAGGUCUUUCAAAAAUUCGAAGACCACCCGUUAG